ACAUGGUUCGCGGUAGGAAGAAAAAUAACUGCAGUCCGUUAAAGUUGCGGCUUGUCAGAGUGUUCAGUAAUGGAGGAACGACGAGCUCCAGCCAGCCUUCCAGCCCCACCGUUCCUCAGAGGCACUCGUUCCAUUCAACCAGUCUGGAGUCUCUGAGGUUCCCUUCCAGACCCCAGAGCGACGGAAACCUGUCACUGGAACCAUGCCUCGUAAGACGUUUUCUGGUUUUCGAUCUUACAGUGGACCAUGAACCUUCGUUAGUCCUGCUACUUCUCGUUUGCUACGUGACCCCUGCAGCUGAUUCAGCGUCUUCGAAGGAGAUGCUACUUGCACAUUCUUAAAUACUAAAUAACGUGUUCAGUUCGAUGAAAACAGUGUGCGAAUAAGUGAGACAGAAUAUUUGUGUAUAACAAAGAAAAUUAAGAGGGGAAUGAAGAAAGUUACUUAACUAGGACUUCAUAAUUUGCGUUUAUCAUCUAUUACUGCUUCUUCGAGGAAAUCAAGAAUCGUGGUAUUGGCGGGGUAGUGCUGCCUGCACACAUGGAGAAAACUGCAUAGGCUCUAUCAUAUUUUGCAUAGAAACCGUCGCGACAGAUAGUUUGGGAGAAGUGGCGGAAAAUUGGAGAAUAUUAUUGAAAUUCAUCUUCAGUAAAUUGUAAAAUUAUGAGCUGAAUUGAAUUAACACAACUCAGGGUCUAAGGACUGGAUUUUGUGAUGCGAAUGACUGUGAUAAUCUUCGGGUUUCAUAAAAACACAAAAUUACUUAAUUGCAUAACUGGCUCUUUCCUUAAGCAUAAUUUUACACUGGGAAAGUUUUAGGAAGCAAGUGCUUGAAACCAACGGAUGUGUGGUUUAUUACUAUUUAGUUAGAUGAAUAGUUAAUUAAUCUUGAUUGGUCGGGCUCAUUGAUAUGGUAGUUGGCUGUGUUGCAAACAAUGUUCAUAUGCUCCACAUUUCAGAUCUGUUAAGGAACGUUGCAAUAGAGAAAAUGAGGUGAGGUGUAGUUUCGUGCAAAUAGAACAAGCCACUUGAUUUACGUAGCAGUACGCUGUAAGCAAAUGUGCUGAUGCUGGUUGCCUUGCAGGGGAAAUAGGAAGUAACACAAGCAUUGUGCACGGCAUCAGUCAAAACUGACAGCAAAUACAGAGAGCAACUGUACACCUGUAUCCUGUAAGAUGUUUCAGCAUCAUUGAAUCUUGUUUAGAAAAUUUCAACAUGCGCGUUCUUGGAAACUUGCUUAUGUUGUGUAGGUGGAAGACGAGACCCGGAGGUAAAACUCCGUACACUGUCCUCGACAAGAAACCGCAAAUAAAGAAACACAUAAGCGGCAGGAUUACUUUCAAUGUUGAACUGGGAAAGAUUUGAUUAGCCAUGGAUUAUUCUAUCCAAGAAUUUGUCUGGAGAGACCAAGGAAAACAUUGUAAAACAUGUCAGAAUAUCAUAUCUCUCCUCGAUCGUAGAGCUUCCACAAAAAACGGAACGCGAGUGUUGUAUCACUUACUCUCCAACGUUUGAUACCUCCUUUAUAAUCCUAUAAAUUCCUAAUCUGUGAAACAUUGUCUUGCGUCAGCAGAGAAAUUGUGAGUCGUUCUACUUACGAGGCUUCAACACGUUCCUAAUAGAUUGUCUGUUUUGACAGCCAGUCCACAUUGUACCAAUUAAUGUGUUAUUCCUGUCAUUAUGUAACUGGAGCCUUGUUUUCAUUCGUCGUGCAGAUAUGGUUAGAAAGUCGCUGUAAAACGCCCACUUGUGGAUACUCGACCAAGAUGAGGGCCUACGCCUUGCUGAUUUAGUGGUUGGAUGUUUAAUAGGUUUUCAAUGUUCGCUUAGUAUAAUCCCUGUGCUGGUUAUGACAUCGAAAUUCAGUAAAGGUCACUGCUCCCACUUCAUGAUGCAGCUCCCAUAAAACCACGCUAGAAGGCGUUCUAGUUUCGGUUAUCACUCAGAUACCUUACUAUAACAAUGUUUUAAUACAGGGAUACCUCGGAGAUAUUGCGGGUUCGGUUCCAGACCACCGCAAUAAAACG